CCGAGGUGAUACAGCUUGGCUUGAGCUUCAUCGUGCUUCCUCAAGCUUCAACACCAUCUGAUUAGGUUCCCAGUUGAAGAUCAUGGCAGGCGACACACCUCCUGGCCCGCCUCCAAAUGGAGCUCCUCCCAAGUUCAUUCAUCAGGAUGUUAGCCAGCUCGGCAUUGCUUCAGCCGUACUGAAAGCCGUCGCCGCUGCCACAGGUAGAGCCUUCACGUCUCCGUUCAAGGGCGAAAAUGGCGCAAGCACCUACUGGAAAGACGUCGCCCUGGCAAUGUUCCGCACCCAGCUCGGUAAUCUCGACAUCGCGCAGGAUCGAUACCUAGGCAGCACCACAUGCACUCCCGUCUACCAUCAGUACUGCAAAUCCUACAAACUCACGCCUGAUUCCAUCACUCUCCCCAGCGGCACGCAAGCACACUGGCUCGGCAACAAAGACGCACCAAAGACACUUGUAUAUCUGCAUGGCGGAGGAUAUGUGCUGCCUUGUAUGUCAGGGCAUCUCAUCUGGCUCGACGAUAUGCGGAAGAGUGUGGGAGGAGACAUGAGCGUAUUGUUGCUUGCGUACGAUCUGGCGCCCGAAGCCACCUACCCUACACAACUACGCCAGACCGUGGAGCUUUUCCAGUAUCUGACCGAGACGCUCGGCCGCAAUCCUGCAGAUCUGAUCGUUGGCGGCGACUCAGCAGGCGGCAACUUGACACUCGCCCUACUCUCGCACCUCGCGCAUCCGCACCCGGAGAUCGCUGAGCUGAGGCUGAACGGCAAGAUUCACGCAGCAAUGCUCAUCUCGCCCUGGGUCAGCUUGACUCAACACCACACCGCAGCACACGAACGGAACGCAGAAAGAGAUGUUUUCGAUAGCCGUCCACUGUCUCGCUGGGCUGCGGCGUUCCUAAACUCCAAAUCUCCCUUCGCCGGCGAUGCUUACACUGAGCCUGUCAUCGCAAGCCCGGAGUGGUGGGAGCCUGUGGCUGACGUUGUCGACGAAGUAUUGAUCUGGGGCGGGGGCAACGAGAUUCUAAUUGAUUCGAUUCAAGCGUUUGCGCAGAAGUUCAGUGUUGGCUUCAGACGGAGAGGUGGGCAUGUCAAUGUGGUCAUCACAAAGGGGGCAAUGCAUGACGAGAUGAUCUUUGAGAGAGUGCUGGGGUACAAGGGCGACUCAGGCACAGGGAGCAAGCAAGUCGUCGAAGGAUGGGUCAAGGCGAAGUUGUAGCCAGCAAGGCGACGUGUAAGUAGGGACUGGUCGCAAUUGGUAAAUGCCGAAUACCUCCUGACAAGGUCAACGUCACACACAGCAUACAGUAAUGACUCUCACGGGUCAACGCGCUCACUUGAUUUGCACAUUGCUAACGACGCUGCAAAGGUAUCUCUCAAUCAUAAACUCAUCAAUGCUCUUGCCUCGCCAGAGCUCAAGUCCGCCAUCUUCUCAAGGCCCAAGCCCAGCCAGCCUUCCAACAUCUACCAUCCCGAGCAAGCAACGAAGUUGUUGCCGCUAGCACCAGUGUGAGUGAUCUCGCCAGCCCGCGCUCCGCUGCCGUUGAUAACAA